UAAAUAUGCCUAAUUUAAUCUUUUAAUUGGGGUAGGUAAACAAUUAAAAUUGCAUGGUAAAUGACAUUUUAAUCACCUAUAGUAAGAGUAGCAAUUGAAUAAGUAGAGAAUUUCAUCUCUCCCUAAUUGUAGAAAAGGGGAAAAAACAGAGUAUAUUUCACAUUCACUGGACUUGAUCGGAGCAACCAUUUUUCUCUUAUCUUCCUAUAAACGGACGAAAUCUCCGCUGGCAAAGAUUCCAAUUUUGUCCCUCCAGCACUUAGGGGGGUGGGGUGGGGUGGGUGGGUGAUGCUUCUUGUUCUUUCUCUUUACCUUUCAUUCAUUUGUUGAUCCAUCCCUCUCUGUUUCUCCACCUAUUCUCUCACUCUACCAUCAGCCAUGCCUUGUUUCUUCGUUUCAUUAGUUUCCCUUUUUAUUAAUUUCAUUACCUAUAAUCGUUAAUUUCUUCAUUUUCGUAAUUCUCUAAAGUUGUAAGGUUAUUCUUGGAAUUAUGGGGUGCGCAACCUCUAAGCACGAUGAUUUGCCGGCGGUGGCGCUAUGCCGUGAACGUUGCUCCUUUUUGGACGAAGCUAUUCACCACCGUUUCGCUUUUGCUGAAGCCCAUGUAGCUUAUCUUCACUCUUUGAAAUCCGUCGGCGCUUCUCUUCACAGGUUUUUUGACCAUGAUCUCGAUCUUUCUACUUCAUCCUCUGGCAGUCCUCUUUCUCCGGUGCUCAAUAUCCCUGCUGCUCAUCGGAAAGGUGGACCUUCUUCUUCCCCUGUUCAUCCAGUAAAAAAACCUCCUGCUGCUACGCGCGCCAUUCACCACCGUCAUGAUUCUCACUCUAGUUCUGGUUCACACCUUCACCCCCACUCCGAAUCGGAGGAAUAUGAAGACUCCGGUUCCGAGUCUUUGCAUCACCAUACCGAAACCCCUACUCAUGGUAAUCAGUAUGGUCAGUUCACUUAUGCUGAUCAUGAAACCCUAGGGUUUGGAGCACCACCACCAUAUCAAGCUGGUGGUGGGGGAUUCGGAGCACCAUAUCAAGUCGGUGAUGGUGGUGGGUUUGGGCCACCAUAUCAAGUAAGCGAAACUGGUGGCGGGUACGGAGCACCAUAUCAAGUAGGCGGGGCUGGUGGUGGGUACGGAGCACCAUAUCAAGUAGGUGGGGCUGGUGGUGGGUACGGAGCGCCAUAUCAAGUUGGUGGUGGAUUUAUGCAUAUGAAUUACAUGAGGAGACAGACGACGCCGUCGGUGACCUAUCAACAACGACCCAUAAGUCCCGAGACUGUACGUAUGGGUGAAGCGUCUUCUUCCUACUUCCCUUAUCCUUAUCCCAAUAGUAACAAUCCCAAUUCUUUCAACACCUAUCCGGAUUAUCCCAAUUACGGUGGUGGAUUUUUUCCCUCGUCGAUGCAAAGGCCUUUUGGUGUUUCAUCUCCGCCGGUGCCGUCUGUAGCUGGUCCCUCGUCAGCACCUUCGACUUCAAAACCGCCUCCCCCUCCUCCCUCACCACCGAGGAGCUCACCUUGGGAUUUUCUGAACCCUUUCGAGACUUUUGAGAGUAAUAAUUACAUUACACCAUAUACGCCAAGUAGAGACUCGAGAGAGGUGAGGGAAGAAGAAGGCAUCCCUGAUUUGGAAGACGAGGAUUUUGAGCAUGAGGUUGUUAAGGAAGUUCACGGACAUCAAAAGUUUGUUGAAGGCGAAAGCGAAGGCCAUGGAGGGAGCCAUUCAAAAGGAGGAGCGUUAGAGGAGGAGAGAGAGAAACAAAGUGAUUCGGAGUCGCUAUACCGUGGGAGGCCAAGUGCGGCAAUGGAGAAUGAGCAGGUAGAGUUUGAGGUGCACGUUGUGGAUAAGAAAGUGGUAGAUGAGGAAGGGAAGUCGGGACAUGGGGGAAAUGUCGCAGGGUUCAAAGCUCGUGCAUUCAAGGACGACUCUGAUGUUGUGAAAGAGAUUCAGGUUCAAUUUGAGCGAGCUUCUGAAUCUGGAAAUGAGCUUACUAAGAUGCUAGAGGUUGGAAAGCUUCCCCACAAUCGAAAGAAUGCCACAUAUCAAGUUUCUUCCAAGAUGUUGCAUGCAAUUACACCUUCAUUAGUGUUGUCACAACCUUCUACAUCAAAGAGUGCCGAUAUUCAGAUUACUGAUCCUGCUGGUUCAGAUGUGGAAGGAGAUGUUAGUUCAAGGUACAAGAACCUUUCUUCAACGUUAAACAAGCUGUACCUCUGGGAGAAGAAACUGUAUCAGGAGGUUAAGUCUGAGGAGAAGAUAAGGGUGCUUCAUGAAAGGAAAUCCGAAAAGCUGAAGCGAUUAGAUCAAAAAGGCGCUGAGCCUCACAAGGUUGACAUGACAAGGCAAUUGGUUAGAAGUCUCUCCACAAAAAUUAGAAUUGCGAUUCAGGUUGUUGAUAAGAUCUCCGAGAAGAUAAACAAGAUGAGGGAUGAAGAGUUAUGGCCGCAACUGAAUGCACUUAUUCGGGGGUUAAGUAAAAUGUGGAAAGGCAUGCUCGAGUGUCAUCAUAACCAGUGCCAGGCUAUUGGAGAGGCCAAAAGAUUAGAUGCCAUUGCAUCUCACACACACUUGAGUGAUGCUCAUCUUGAAGCCACUCUGCAGCUUGAACAGGAACUUUUGAACUGGACUUUGAGAUUUUCUUGCUGGGUGAAUGCACAGAAGGGCUAUGUGAGAGCUUUAAACACUUGGCUCAUGAAAUGUCUUCUGUACGUACCCGAGGAAACAGCUGAUGGAAGAGUUCCCUUUUCUCCGGGCAGGAUUGGUGCUCCCCCAAUUUUUGUCAUUUGUAAUCAGUGGUCACAAACCAUUGAAGGAGUUUCUGAGAAAGAGGUUAUUGACUGUAUGAGAGAUUUUGCAUCAAAUAUCCUUCAGCUCUGGGAGCGAGAUAAACAUGAAAUGCGACAAAGGAUGAUGGUGCACAAGGAUAUGGAGAGAAAAGUGAAGAAUCUCGAGAGGGAGGACCAGAAGAUCCAAAAGGGGAUUCAUGCUCUGGGCAAAAGAAUAGUACUCAUUUCUGGGGAUGAAAGUGGGCUCGCAUUAAAUAAGCAUGUCAUUUACCAGAGUGACACAAGCACAAAUAGUAGCCUUCAGGCUGGUCUGAGACAUAUUUUUGAGGCCAUGGAAAGGUUUACUGCCAAAUCGUUGAAGGUGUACGAGGAGCUUUUGCAACGCAUUGAAGAGGAUGAUCUGGCUUGAAGAGCAUGAGAAAUUACUAUAGCUUGGCCUUGAAAAGUUGUGCCUUUUGGUGGGUGCCUGUUAUUAUACUCCUGUUGGAUGUUGUUAUUGAACUUCCAGACUGGGGAACGUCGUGAAAUGGUGCAACAGAAUCCUUGUUGGAUUUCUCUGCUCUUGCUGUAGUAUCAUCACAGCUCGAUCAGUUUCAGUUGGGAAGUGGGGUUUAUGGCAGAUGUAAUACUGAUGAUGUGCCUUUUGAGGUCGUUGUGAUGGGAACUUUUGCUGAUGUCAGAGCAGUUAUUAUCGAGUAUUCUGUUUUAUAAGUCUCCUUGUAUCUUGAAUAUUGCAGUAAUUGAUGCAGCAGAAAGUAUCCUGGUUUUCAGUGGUAGGGCUCUGCAUCUGACUAGCUGUGAACCCGGGGGUGGGGAAUCUUUAUCCCUAGGAUAGGCGGCAAUCCUCAAAGUCACCUAUGUGCUUGCCAGAGGGGACCUGAUUGUAUAUUAAGAAAUGUCAUGCCUCUGUUGAAGGUGAGUUAUUUAUGGUUGGAGACAUAAUGACAUGCUGUGACCGCCUUGGCUCUAAGUGGCAUUGGCACCACUGAGGCUUCAAAUGCGCCCUACAUGGCCGUCAGCCAGUCCUUGUGGCGGAUUAGGUUGCCUGUGACUAAAUUGAGCCAGACAGGAAUUUUUGCUCUCUCCUCCUGAAGCUGCUGUUGGGUUGGUAUUUUGAGUAAAUGAUUGUUAGAUAUAUCUGAGCUAUGACAGGCCAUGUUUAGACGGGGCAGCGUUCUUGUGAUAAUUGAGAAUAAGCAAGUACGGGUGGCAUCUAAACCGCACACAGGGGCCAUCUAUUUAAUUAAGGAAAAGAAACAUGAAGAGUUGUUCAUUCAUGGCUUAUGGUAAUUUGGGAAUUUUUCAUCCGGAUAGAGUCAACAACAGAGGAACAUGAGAAGAGGCUGUUCGGUAACGCAAGUUUUUCAUUGAGAUUGCUGGUUUGCCCUGACACCAGGCCUGCCUGAGAACAGAGAUAACAAUCGUAAGUUGUAUUCAUAUUGUUGUACAUGGCCUUGUUGUUUAGAUUCUGAUGAUUAUCUGCAUCUUAUGUUAUGUGUAUAUAGGACAGGAUAGAUGCCCUAGAAAUAUUUUUUAUGAUAGAUAUAUAUAGUGCAUUCUACCCAACGGUAGGACCAGCAGUAGAACGUUUUGCGGAAAAAGUUCAAAUUUAUUGAUUGAAUCCUUCAUUAUUCAUCUUA